AUGGCGCUAUCAAAUGUUCUCGAAACCCCUUUACCUGGGUUUAAUUUCGACACGCAGCAAGGAAUGGCUGCCUUAGAGGGUCUUUAUGAUGGUGGACAAACACCUAAACCUAAAACAGGCACCACCAUAGCAGGAGUGGUGUUCAAGGAUGGCGUAGUGCUGGGAGCAGACACCAGGGCUACAUCCGGUGAAGUGGUUGGCCGACAGAUGUGUUCAAAGAUCCAUUACAUUGCUCCUAACAUAUAUUGUUGCGGAGCAGGUACAGCCGCAGAUACAGAGAAGACCACAGAGCUUCUCUCCUCCAACCUUACCAUCUUCUCUCAGACCAGCGGGAGGAACCCUCGUCUCGUCAUGGCGGACAUACUACAGGAUAUGUUGUACAGGUACCAUGGCCAAAUCGGUGCCAGUCUGAUACUGGGAGGAGUAGAUUGCACUGGGAACCAUCUAUACACAGUGGGGCCAUAUGGGAGUGUUAAUAAGGUGCCUUACCUUGCAAUGGGAUCUGGUGAUUUGGCUGCUCUUGGUAUUCUAGAGGACAGGUACCAACAGGACAUGGAGCUGGAUACGGCGAAGGAGCUGGUGCGUGUUGCCAUCCAUGCGGGCAUCAUGAAUGACCUCGCCUCAGGAAACAACAUCGACAUCUGUGUCAUCACCAGAGAAGGAGUGGACCACAUCCGACCCUACCAGGAGUCAGAGUACAAAGACAGCAGGAAAAUGAAAUACAGAUAUCGUCCAGGCACCACUUCCGUUCUGACGGAGAAAGUAGUCCCCUUAAAGCUGGAGGUGGUACAGGAGAGCGUGCAGCAUGAUGGAAACAGUCUGAGCCCUCACAGCGCUAUCACAACAUUUAGUAGUAAAAUUAAAAGGCUUUAAUUUCAUGUCAUUGUUAUUCACUACAUGGUUAAAUAAAAGAAUAAAACAUCUCAGAUCAUUGAUUUACAUUGUCAUCAUAUAUUCUUUACUCUGUUGCUAUGAUUCACUGUGAUAUGGAAUCGUUCAGUAUACUGCAGGGCUUAAUUAAAAGAGUCUACCAAAGCCAUAUUGAGGAAGACUGAGACAUUGUAUUAGAGUGUAGGAUUAAAAUAAAAACAUCUUAAAUUAAA